AGGCCAAGAUAAGGCCAAUCAAGACUGAUUAAGACUGACCUUAACAAAAGGGUCAAAUCCUCAUGUGUGUCGUUGUAGUAUGUCAGGAUUUGGAAUGGGCCGGAGCCAGGGGUUUGGCAUGAACUCCUUAUCCAAUAACAUCUUCAACGGGACAGAUGGGAGUGAAAAUGUAACAGGAAUAGACCUCUCAGAAUUCCCAGCACUUGCAGACAGAAGUCGGAGGGAGGGAAACGGCAACCCAACACCGUUGCAUAAUCCGCUGUCUGGAAGGGCACCCUAUGUUGGAAUGGUCACAAAGCCAUCGAACGAACAGUCGCAGGACUUUUCCAUUCACAACGAAGACUUCCCAGCCCUGCCCGGGCCCAACUACAAGGACCCGACAUUGAGCACGGAUGAAAGCAAAUCAAGCUUGAACUCUUCAGGAAAGGGCAGCUCAAGUGCAGAUGGACCCAAGUUUCCUGGCGACAAGACAUCAUCAGCACAGAAUAACAACCAGCAAAAGAAGGGGAUCCAGGUGUUGCCUGAUGGUGAGGCUCUCUAGCAACAUGCACCACUG